AUGGACGGCCCAUACCGCCAGUCCUCUGUCACCCCUCCCAUUGAGAGCUCUAGGCACAGGGUCGGGUCCGUCUCCUCGACCGGUUCCGUAAAUUCGGUGCCUCCGCACGAGGAGAUGUUGCGGGGACCAUCCGUGCCGAGACAUUCGCCCAUGCUCGAGUCGCCCGGAUACUCGUCGUCCGUAUACCAAGCUCGGCCCACCGAUCUGCAUAUCCAGACCACAACCGCCGUGAAGGAGAAGAAGGGCCCCACCAGGGCAAAGCUCAUGAAGCGGGCAUCGCGGCCGACCUCACCAAUGCUGUCCCCUCCCCCCUCCGCCGACUCUCUUGUCCUCCCCGUGCCGACCGACGACGCGAACAAAGUACUCUGGCUUAUGAAGAGCCUCUGUGGGCGCAUGAGGGGCGAGGUCUCGUAUCAGACCGAGACCGACGGGCCCUGGUAUACCGGGCUAUGCUAUAUUGAAGAUGAGAGGGGUGGUUUAAUGUUUGACUCGGGCGACACUGGCCCGUUCCACGCCGCCAUUAUACCAGACUUGCGAGGAUGCCGAGUGCUUCCAAUCGAGGGGUCUGGUGCGGAUCGGCCUUGGCCGUGCCUCGAGAUCGUCAACCCACAGACAGGUGCCGAAGUGCUGUUGUGGCCUUCCAAGGCAGACGAGGUGGACCUGUGGCUGGCCGCGUUGCUGAGCUGGCAGCAGCUACGACCGGGCGCGGUAAGGACCGGGAGCAACAGCCAGACGACGACGCCCACUUCACAGUCGCGGCCAGAACUGAUCAGACGAGGCUCAUCGACUGCAUCGACCGCCCCGAAUGUGAUCAAGGUCAGUAUGGUCGCGAUGUGGGACAAAGGUGUUGCCCACUCGCCCCGUGCGAUCGUGAGCAGGGCGUCAACCCGCGACCUGAGGGCAGCGCAGACGGGAUGGAGAAAAGUCUCGUGCAUCCUCUACGACAACGGCGAGCUCAAGCUGAUCACAGAGAGCGACGGCCAGGUCCAGGGUGUGAUCCCGCUAUCACAAUUAUCGCGAUGUGCCAUACAACAGCUCGACAGAUCUGUCCUGGAUGAGGACUAUUGUAUAGCGAUCGUCCCAACCUACGCCUCGACGUCCACACAGCUCUCCCUCUUCAGGCCCGUCUUUUUAUCCCUAGACCAGCGUGUGCUUUUUGAGGUCUGGUUCGUCCUGUUGAGGGCUUUUACGGUGCCCGAGAUAUAUGCGCUGAAUGAAUCAGAGGAGGAGCCUAUUAUAGAGGUCACGAACUUCGAGGUGGAGCCCACUUCUGACAUGUUUAGGAUCGAGAAGACGAUCAGCUUGCGUAUAAUAGAAGCGAAACUCGGUGGACCAACCUCACCACAGAGCAGUUCCUCGCGAGACAGGUACGGCAAGAGUGAACAGGACGCAUUUGUCGGCAAUUACUUUGCGGAGGUCCAUCUUGACGGGGACAUCCGAGCACGAACAAUCACGAAACCAGCCACUCGUACACCCUUUUGGCGCGAUGAUUGCGAAUUUGCAGACCUCUCAGCUGAACUGCCGAUCCUGCAGGUCAUCUUGAAACGAUACGAAGGGAACCUGGAUGGCAUGAACCUCCCGCUCUAUACAGCCCAGCGUCUACAGAGGGGAGGGGGCCUGACUGAAGUCAAGUGCGGCGUUGUGGACAUCCCAUUACAACAACUAGACCGUGGAAGGGACUACGAAGAGUGGCGCCAGAUUCAUGAUGACAGACAACAGCUGAUCGGGACGUUGCUCUGCAAAGUCCGCCACGAGGAACUCAUCGUUUUCAUGGCGAGGGAUUAUCAGCCGAUGUCCGAGAUGCUUCAUAAGUUCAGUGCAGGGUUGACCAGCCAGAUCUCCGAGGCCCUGCCUGGACAGCUUCGUCGACUGGCCGAGCUCUUUUUGAACAUUUUUCAGGUUACAAAUAGCUCAAGCGAAUGGCUGAUGGCUCUUGUGGAGGACGAAAUCGACGGCAUCGGACAACAGGCUCAGAUGAAGAAGAUGAGGUUUAGCCGGCGUCUGAGGUCGAGCGAGGCUCUGGAUGUCGCGAAUGCUAAUGAACGAGAGGCGCUCCGGGACAUGGGCAAGACACUGGCUGGUGAGGCCAACCUGCUCUUCCGAGGCAACUCGUUGCUCACCCAAGCUCUUGAGUUCUACAUGAGGCGCUUAGGCAGCGAUUACAUCGAGGAGGUCCUUGGCCACAAGAUCUUUGAGAUCAACGAGAUCAACCCGAACUGCGAGGUGGACCCCGGCAAAGUGCAGCAGGGUGAGGAUAUCAACCAGCACUGGGACCAACUGCUGCAGUUCACCAACGAGAUAUGGGAGUGCGUCGCCAGGUCGGCGUCCAAGUUCCCACCUGAGCUUAGGCACAUAUUGAAGUACAUCCGCGCUGUGGCUGAGGAUCGGUACGGAGACUUCCUUCGGACGGUGGCCUUUACCAGCGUUUCUGGGUUUCUCUUUCUGCGCUUCAUCUGUCCAGCCAUACUCAAUCCCAAGCUAUUCGGCCUCCUGCGAGACUACCCGCGCCCCAAGGCUCAGCGGACUUUGACGCUCAUCGCAAAAGCCUUGCAGGCUCUGGCGAACCUCUCCAGCAUUGGCAAGAAGGAGGUCUGGAUGGAGCCCAUGAAUCGCUUCCUAGCCUCUCGCCGACAGGCCCUAAAAGACUUCAUCGACGAAGUCUGUGCGAUACCUGCUGAGCGCUCGAACGUCAUCCUGCCGGCCUCGUAUUCCACCCCGAUCACCAUACUCGGCCGCCUGUCACCGAUGGCCCGAGAAGGGUUCCCCUCGCUGCCAUUUCUUAUUGACCAUGCUCGCAGCUUUGCCUCGCUCGUCAGGCUGUGGAUGGAUCACAACAAGGGCACCACGAGUGAUGGUCGCUACGAUGGGGACCUUCUCCGAUUUCACCAAUACUGUGAUGCUCUUCAGCAACGGGCGGACGUGUGCAUGAGCCACAUUGACGCCGUCCGCGCAGCCGAUAACGAGAACUUAAGCUUACCCACGGACUCGGAUUUCGUUCUUGCUGACGCCCUGGACCAUAUCAGCUUUGCCGACUCACACAUCAGCACCGUUUCGCGAGGAAGCACCAUGACCCCCUGGCCAGAGUCCGAUAGGCCACCAGGCUCAUCUGGCGGUAGCUCCUUUGAUGAAGAGCGAACUCACGGCUCCCGCCUGCAAAAAGUAGCUGACCGACGCGCUCACGGCCGGCAUCACAAGCAGCCCCAUUGGCCCAACCCAUCGCAAGGCAGCUCGCACCGCCCCGGCCAUGGAUCUCCAAACAUGAUCAAGUCGUUGCGUAGUGGCAAGAAUGCCAAAAGAUUUCUUACGGGUAUUCUUCGAAAAAUCGACCGUGAGAAGUUUGGCAGCCCAGACGCCUUUUCGAGGGACCAGGCUGGCUCUCAGUUCCCAAGCAGCUCCCGUGGCGCUGACGACACUGCCAAGUCUGGAGCGACGACGCCUAUAGGCACGAUGAGACGGGAGAAGGAAAAAGGGAGGUCCCUUGGUCUUGGAGGCCUUGUGGAAGGGUGGAAGGAAUUCGAGUCUUCACGGCAUUGACCACUGUGACGACCAUGGCGGUGGGUCUACUGUAUUAAUCAAGCCGCGUGGGAAGUUUGAUCUCAUACAUUAUACUGGCAACCAUUCACUCGUGUACUCUUUGCUGGGACUUUUACGAUAGACCGACUGAGUUGGCUCUGAGCAAAGAAAUUGCCACGCAACUCGAUGGUGCUACCUGUUUUGCGGUCAUCCCCCCCCUUCAUUCUUUUCUUCCCUUUCCUUUCCUUUGUUCUCUGUUUUUUUCUCUUUCUUUUCCUACCUGGCACGCGCUACCAAUACCGUCGGCUUUCUCCUUGUCUAUAUUACAUUUUCAACGAUUCAAUCACGUGGUGGGAGCGACGGAAAGGGGAUGGAAAAAUCGGGCGGUGUUGCGUCCUUUGGAUACGAUGAUGCAUUGGAGAGGCGGCGUUCUUGUUCAGGAUUCACCGUCCGUGCCACUUCGACUGCUGAUGCGACGGACUGACAUUGUUACUCUCAUGACGAUACCUACUUCGCGUACUAUAUACAGGAUUUCAUGUACAAAUGCUGCAGACGAACUAUGACGAUAAACCUUCGAUUUCUUUACUGUAAUGGAUAGAAAGAAAAGAAGAAAAUAAAGAUCUCUGCCAUUACGGAAUUC